AUGGGUGGUCAAACUUCAAAGGUUGGGCAGGCUUACAAAAAAUUUUUUAAGAGAAAAAAAUUAAGAAAUAAAAAAAAUGAUGAUGAACAUACAAAAUUGUUAUCAUUACAAUCUUGUGGUGAUAUAUUGUCGUAUGGUUGUAUUGCUAAACAGAUGACCGUUAUAUGUUGUAAAAAUCUUGAAGAAUUAGAUAAAAUGAAUGGUUUUUUGGAAACGGUAUCAAGACAAUUGAAAGAAAGCAUAGAUGUAUUAAUAGAUGAUUAUAAAAGGACGUUAACAGAAAGUAAAAGGGACAUUUCAACAUAUUUAGAAGAUAUUGAAAAUCAUAAUAUGAGUAUUAAUAAACCAACAAAAAAAUGUAAUGGUUUACCGGAGGAAUUUAAAGAUAUUCAAAAUACAGUUGAAAAUGGAAGACUCUUAUAUAAUAUUUUGUUAGAAAAAAUGGAGAAUUGUGAUGAGUAUUUAGGUAGUUUUAAAGAGUUUGUUGAGACAACAUUUCAUAAGUCAAUAUCAUUAAAAAAGAUAAGUAUACGGCAAAAUCUUACUAAUCGUCUAAAAAAAGGAUUAAAGGAAAACAAUAUUGUUGAUUGUAUUGAUAUUAUUUGUCAAAUUCUUGUUGCUACAAAUUGUUCAAUAUCAGAAAAUGAAAUGUCAUUAAUAAUGGAUACAUAUUCAAAAAAGAUAGACCAAAUGUUUGAAUUUUACAGUAAAUUAAUUAAAGGAAUUGAAUUUUAUGGUAAUAAACAUUUUUCAAAGUCAACUGAAUCUCAACAAUUUCUUAACACUAUUCUUGAAGAUGCCCGUUAUGAAUGUAGUGAAUUAUUUGACAUAUUAAUAAAAAUAAAAGACUCUACUGAUGAAUUUCAUGAUGAAAGCAAUGUUAUUGUCUAUACAUGUAAAUAUUUUCUAGCUGUGUCAGUUACAGGAUUUUGGUUAGAAAUAACACCACGAGAACAUGACGAUUUUGAUGAAAUUAAUGGAUUUUUUUAUGAUUCAUUAAUACAAUAUUUUUACGCAUUAAAAGCAUAUAAUGGUAUUAAUAAUAAAAAAAUAUUUAUGCCAGAGACUUUUGAAGAUACCCUAAGAGAAAUUUGUCAACAAUACCCAAAUAUUAUAAAAAACACAGGUUUAAAGAAAUUUUUAAAAAAUCAAUUAAAGGUAACAUUUGAAUUUUGA